UGUAACAUUAUUGAAUAUUGUAAAUGAACGUUAAAAAAUAUCUCCCCUCAUUUCGCCACAGCAGCAUACACUUUAAAUGUUUAGUAAAAUAAUAGUAUUGUUUUGUUAAUAUGUGACCUAAUACACUUAUUCUUGAUAACGAAGGUGUUCUAAGCCAAUACUAUAAAUCAACGUUAACAAAUAUUUCCCCUCGCAUCAGAAGGGCAUACAUCAAAAACACUUCAUGGCUUAAAUCUCUUUGAAACGACCUAAGCGAAAGAGACUUUUACUUUGAAAUGAUUGUUGUUUAGUCGUUAUAUUGUUUUCUGAUUCACAGAUUUGUUAACUUUCUGUUGUCAACAACAACCGCCGCUGUACACAGGGCUCUGAGUGGCUAUGGAACCUUGUGUGUCUGUUAUCAAUAAUACACAUUUAAAUGACUCCACUUCAAGCUCUGAUGCUGCAGAUGUAUUGAUCGGUUCAACCAGAGUUUCAGUGGAUCCCAGCAAAGUACAGAAACAACAUCAUAACAAAGUGAAUAUUUACAUCAGGAGAAUAUCAGACACUGCACAUGUUUCGUUUGAGGAUGACGGGUGUAUAGAGGGAGACAGACCGUCUCUAAAUACGCCUCCAGGUUCCAAAACAGAAAGACCUACAGUACAACAAGCUUGUGGGCCAUCAAAACAAGUUCCUGACCCUUUAAACAAGGACCCCAGACAAAAGAAAAACAAAGCUCAAACAAUCAUGCAGACAGGAAAUACAAAAUUAAAAGGUGAAGAUGUGCACAUUUCUAGAUACUCGGCUGAUGGUAGAGGGGCAGUUUCUGCAGCACUCAAGAAGAGAAGUCAGAGUGCACCUAUAAACCGAAGUGUGACGGUACAGCUUUUGGACCAAGAAAGAUCUCAAUCUCCCAAAGUCCUCAAUGAUCCUCCCUGUCCAUCCGUAGAUACUGGAGCUUCUGCCACGGUGGCAGCCAUUUCAGCUGCUGCUAUAGCUGCGACUGCUCCACUUCUGAAGGCUCAGAGUGAAAUGGAGGCACAGAUCGUUCGGGUAAGCACCGAGCUGAAGAGACUGCAGGGAUCAGAGGCCAGUGCCCUGCAGGGGAGAGCGGACACUUCUGCUGGUAGAGUGACCCAUCUGGAAGAGCAGCUGAACGUUCUGAUCCAGCAGAGAAUACAACACCUAGAGACGAUCCAGUGUCAGCAGAUCCAACUACAGAAUCGUCUCUUGGACUCGGCUCUGGAUGCUGUAACAGCUCGUGCAAACGCAGGCUCGCACACAUAUCACACUGCUUCUGAAAUAAGCCAGACAGAGUCGCUGCCAGCUCACACUUCCACUGGUAAAACCUUUGCUGGAAGCCUAGAAGCAGCUUCAAAAUUUGAGAACAUAGAGAAGUUGACAGGUGGACAUAAAAGUCCCAUGGAGACCCCAGCACCUCGUAAAGUCGUUCCGAAACCCACCAACUGGACAUCCACAGCCAAAGCCAUCAAACCCCAGAGAACGUCUAAUAAAACCCAAGGAAAUGGCAGACUCCAGGACCAGAAUCGUAACAAGCAGAGGUCUCCUGAGAGAUGUGAUGUGCAGUCUGUCGGGGUAAAGAGGUUUGCCAUGGCAACAGCUGACAAUGGCCAACCAGAGCAGUCCAGAAGCACAGAGAUGUCACCUAAAGCAUCAUGUUCUGAAAACCAAGGACCAUCAGAACCAGCCGUGAAGCAACGGAGCAAACUGGAGGACCAGAGAGAACAGACACACAUGACAUCUUCCAGCUCAGCCGUGCAGAGGGCCGGUGAGAUGCUGCGAGAUCUGGGCCAACUAAAAAAUGAGAUGAGUCGACUAAUGCAGAGUGCUGAUGCGUUUCCUGCGCAGCAUGCAAAGUCGACCCAGAACAGCAGGAGCAGCCAUCUCACACCCUUCACCCCGGUCCCGCCUCCUUCCACUACCCCCAUCUCCAUGCCCUCAGACCCCGUUGAUGCAAUUCCCACCAGAGCCGUUCCUUUAAACAGACCGAGCAUUCUGAAGAGCAUCCAGCCGCCCACGUCCAUGUUUGAGGAUGCAGGACAGGUCCUGAGGCGGGUCAGGCAGCGCAAGAAGGUUCUAGAAGAAAAUCUGCAAGCCAUUUUGAGAGCCAAAGAUGGAGAGGUGCUUUAUGCUCAGUUAGAGGCAUUAUCAAAAAACAGAGAUGUUAGUAAAGAACUGAGGAUAAAGAAGACAGUUGAUGCCUGGAUCAAUACACUCAGCAAAGAGAUUCAGGAUGAGCUGGCGAGGGAGAGCUCUGUUUCUGAGAAGAGGAUUGUGGAGAGCAACAAUGCUGCAGUCACUAAAAUGGUGCAGCAGGGCCAGGGGAGCGAGAGCAGCCGUAGGGCUGGAGCGAGAGGGGGAGGAAGAGGAGGAGGAGGAGGUGAAACCUCUGCAAUGGAGAAGAAAACCUUUCUGAGAGGCUCAGUAAGAGCACAGGCGGAGAACACACUGCCGCAUGGGAAACAACCCACUGUGUGUGUCAGAACCAAACCUGAAGUUAACCAAGAGAUGCCAGUGGUUGUGAAAACUCAGGACGAUCAUGAAUAUCUGGCCAAGCUUUACGGGAAAGCUCUUUAUGAGGGUCACCGACGGACUCUGAAAAAGGCACCUUACCUUCGAUUCACUUCCCCCACACUUAAAUCCAAAUCUCAACGACCCAAAGUAAUAGAGACCGUCAGAGGGGUCGUAAUGAAGUCAUCUAAAACCCAAACUAGUCCAUCUGUGAAUGCUGUUUCCGGCCUGCAGCCUUCAGUCUCGGAACCUCAUUUCCUGUUCAGCCCCAGUGACUCCGCCCAGCAGCACCAGCCGGGUUCCCCAGUAGGCGGCUACCUCAUUCCCAUGGCCAUACCCUUAGGUAAACCCAGAGUGGACAGUCAGGCUCCGGUGCCUUCACAGAUCACCAUCAGAGACAAAACCCCGAUUGUAACAGCUUCUUUUCCACCUACAACCAUCGCUGAACCCAAACCAGCUCCGGUCAUUCGGAAGCCCAACACCAUCUUACUGGAGGUCCAGUCGGAACCAAAGAAACGCCGCCCACAGCUCGAAAUACAGGUCCAGCCUGGUGUGAACAUUGAGAGCGUCUUGUGCAGCGGACCGGCUUCCUCUGCGCAGUCGAUCUCCCCUGAUCCCAUCCUUCCUCCACCCAUCAUUGAUGCCGUGGAGGAACAGCACGCUCACGAAGACGAGGAGGAAAAUAUCUUUCCUGGAACCUAUUUCUUGGAGGUUGCCGACAUCAGCCAGGAAACACAUGUCGGAGACUCUCCUGUAGAGCUGAAGGGAUUGCCGUCUCCUCCCACUGCGCUGUAUCAUGGCCCAGCGUUUCCUCCACAGCCUCACCGGUCCACCCCGCUCACAGAGCCCGUUCUCAACAACAUCCUGCAGAGAGAGACCCUAGAGAAUAGACUUGUAGAUUGGGUGGAGCAACAGCUCAUGGCCAGAAUGAUCACUGAAAUGUUCCCUCAGCCUGUCCAGGCCGAUCCAGCCAGCCAAUCGGAGCUUGAGAACAGUGUGACAUCAGAUAUAGUGGAGACAGCCGGAGGGGCCGGUCUGCAGUUGUUCGUGGAUGCCGGUGUACCGGUGGACUCCGAGCUCAUAAGGGAGUGUGUGAAUGAGGUGCUGACUGAAACCGUUGCUCUAAUGCUGGGACAGAGAGAGACACAGAGAGACCCCGCUGAACACGCUCACACACAGGAAACACACACUCAGGAGGAGGUGACAUUAGUGCCAACACCAGUAUCGACACCUGAACCCAUCCUCAAAGAGCCGCCGUCUCCUGUCAGAACCCCUGACCUCUCCGAACAUCCUUCAGCUUUGUCUCUUGAAGAAAACCAACCACAAGAAUUAACUUCACCAGGUCCAGCUAGAAUUCCAGUGGACACACCGACUACUACACCGAUCCCAUCUCCCAUCAGGGUGGACACACCCUCUCCUCCUCCUGCCAGUCAGAGUCCAGAGUCAGCCAGCCUGCCGAACCGCCCUGGGGAAGACACAGAGCUCCCCCUACAGGAGGAAGAGCCACACAGCGAGAGAGAAGAGGAGCAGCCUCCUCCAAUUGUGAUGUCAGUAGCCCGAGAGGAUGAAGAAGAAUCAGUCAUCCCUACACUUUCACCACCUUUUCCUGUGAUCCGGGAACCUCGUCUUCCUUCGUCUGCUGCUGGGUCUGAAUCCUCCUCUACAGAGGAGAGCAGCUCCAGUUCCAGUGAUACAGUGACCGAGACAGAGACCGCAGGCAGACACAUCUCAGAGGGAGAGCUGUUGUUCAGUCACGGCCAGAUGGCGGCAGGCAGAGCUCUGAAUGAGGAAGGAAUCAUUCUGCCAAAUUGGUUGAGCAGCUUGAACAAUUCCAUGCAUGGAGUCCAGGACAUGGAUUAUGAUCCACCCAGUGAAGGUCAGGUGAUCAGAGGGCCACGCCUCCAAGCUCAUCAUGACCCUAUCUUGUCUCUUUUGGCCAGAAUGGAUCACGGUCCUGUCAACCAAUUAGAGCAGCCAGAGAGAUGGUGGGUGGAGGAGAGCAGUGGAGAGAUCAGUGAGGGUCAAAGGCCUCUUCUGAACGCCGCAGAGGAAAGUGUGCUGACGGGACAUUCUCUGAUAGACCAGCAGAGAUCCGCACAGCCUAGAAACACAGAGGUCUCGCCCCAUGCCACGCUCACAUCACCUGGACAAGUGCUCACUGACCAUACAGGUGCAGUAGCUGAAGAGAGCGAACUGUCAGUCACCCUCAGGUCGUCAAGGGAACCAAGAGAAGCUGAAGUUUAUCAUGUGAUUCCUGUCUCUUCACCUCAGCCGGAGGAUACAGAACAUCAACAGAGCACAGAGACAACACAGAUGGUCCACAGACCUGAAGCGAUCCUGGUGAGGCAGUACCGAGAUGAAGAGGAGCCAGGGAUGCAGCACCGGGCGGUUCCGGCAGUCCCGUGUCCUCCUGUCAAGCGUGAGAUCAGGCGCAGAGAUAAAGUUCCCCGCACAGAUGGAUGAGUGGAGAUGAGAAGGAUAGACUUUUGAAUAUGAACCGGGUUGUGAGUGCGGCUGUGCGCUCCAAUAGUCCUCACCUCUUCACCUCUGACUCCUCAUCUGCCAGACAUUGAGAGGAGGGGGUGCUCGUCCCCGGAGCAGGACCACUUUGAUCAACCGCGCCGAGCAGCGGCGCUAAGCCACGCGGCAGAAGGCAGAAUCUUUCCUUUCACAGGUGGAGGAGAAGGGCUUUGGUGAGAGUGCUCCUGUUACGGUGCACUGAGGUUUUGCGGGGUUACGGGCCUGUGUUUGUGUUUGAAGUUGGGAUGAGUGGCGAGGAGGGACCUUCUGUCUGCCAGAUGGAUGGAUGUGUGUCCUAUAUGACGGGGCAACAUGGGCCCACUUUACAGGAAACAGUGGGCUCAUAAGUGAAUUAUCCUGCUGUUGAGGAUCCACUGGAUGGGCGGCUGGUGAACGAUGUUUGUGGUGGUUUAUACAUUAUUAAAGCCAACAUAUACACGCCACCAGGAAUUGAUUUGAUUAUUAAGUUGCAAAAUGUUGACCAUCUAAAGGAUAGUUCACCCAAAAAGAAACAAAUUAUGUCAUCAUUUAUUUAUGGAAGCAUAUGGGUUGCAGUUUUCAAAUUGAAGUGCAUUACGCAAAAUGGCAAUGCAGUAUGUAAAAUGACAAUGCAACUGUGUAUUUAAAUAUACAUUUUAAAUAUCAAAUACGCAACAGUAAGUGCAAAAUGAAAAUAAAAAGUCAAUUAUAGCAAUUGCAUUAGUCAGUUCCUACACUAGUUUUAAUAUGUUAUUUAAAUGGAUAUUUUUAACGCACUUUAACUUGCAAAAUUAAAAAGAAAAUGAUUUCCCGGAUUGAUUAUAUACGUUUAAGAUAGUCAAGCAAAACUGUAGCAAAAUGAAAAUUCUAAUGUUAAUUUCCCUUAAUGCAUUAACAGUGACAGCUUGAACAUGUUAGAUUGUAUUUUCAUUUAAACUUGGCUGUUGCCAAAUUCAAUGUGGACUUGAAAAUGCAUUUCGAGUUGCUCACGCCCCCUCCCCGACAGCGUCAUUGCCUGAAGGUUCAGCCAGUAUUUAAAACUCACUG